ACGUCAGCUGUAUGUUGAUGUUUUGUGGCAACAGCAGAACCGAGGGACGGGAAGACGGUUUGUUUUUGUUCUGUUAUCCGCCGUUUUUACCGUCAAAAUCGUGUCGAACUGAAUUAAAAUCGCUCCGUUGUGACAGGAGCGAGUAUAACGAUUAAAAAGACGCUCAGGUUGGACGUUGAAACUCGUUAAGAGUCGCUAAAACGGAGGAAGCGUCGCCCCCUGAGCGGUCUUCAGCAUGACGAUUCUGCCGAAGAAGAAGCCGGGCUCAUCGGUCGGUGUGUCGGAUCACUCCGACGACCCUGACCGCCGGACCGGCACCGACCCGCACCAGCAUCAGCACACCCACGGGGUCCGGCCGGGUGCGAGGCUCAGGGCUUCCCCGCCGCCCUGGUCCAGAGAGGACAGGAGGACUGAAUCCAGCGCCCGGCCGCAGCAGGCCUCUCCUCCACCGGUGGGCGCCGGGUCUCCAGUGGGCCCGGGUGAUGCGGGCGGAAUGGCCUGCGUGUCUGGGGGUCGGGGAGAGCUGUCAGGUGGGGUGGGUUGUGGUGGAGGGAUGGGAGGGUGCUGCUCAGGACCGGGGUUGAGUAAGAGGAGGAGACAGGCGACCUGCUCUGGUGGGGUGGCCGGUGGAGGAACUGUACCGGGAGCGGCGGGGGGAGGAGGGGGUCCGAGCCCCGAGCAGGAGGAAGGAGCUGGGUAUAACAGUGAGGAUGAAUAUGAGAAUGCUUCCAGACUACAGUCAGAGGACCCGGCGACUGUAGAACAGCAGGAACACUGGUUUGAAAAAGCGCUCGGGGAAAAGAAAGGAUUCGUCAUCAAAAAAAUGAAGGAAGACGGUGCCUGCCUCUUCAGAGCAGUUGCCGAUCAGGUUUACGGAGACCAAGAUAUGCACGAAGUCGUCCGCAAACAUUGCAUGGAUUACUUGAUGAAAAACGCAGACUAUUUCUCAAACUAUGUGACAGAGGACUUCACUACAUACAUCAACAGAAAGAGGAAGAACAAUUGCCAUGGGAACCAUAUUGAGAUGCAAGCCAUGGCGGAGAUGUACAAUCGUCCAGUGGAGGUUUAUCAGUAUGGCACAGAACCAAUCAACACGUUCCAUGGCAUCCACCAAAAUAAUGAUGAACCAAUCAGAGUUAGUUACCAUGGAAACAUUCACUACAACUCUGUGGUGAAUCCAAACAAAGCCACGAUUGGAGUCGGGCUUGGACUUCCUGCCUUUAAACCAGGGCAGUUUGCUGACCAGUCACUUAUGAAGAAUGCCAUUAAAACAUCAGAGGAAUCCUGGAUUGAGCAACAGAUGCUGGAGGACAAGAAGAGGGCCACAGAUUGGGAAGCCACCAAUGAAGCCAUAGAGGAGCAAGUUGCCAGAGAAUCUUACCUACAGUGGCUUCGAGACCAAGAGAAACGGGCGCGACAGCCUCGUAAAGCAAGCGCUACGUGCAGCUCUGCCACUGCUGCAGCCUCCAGUGGUUUGGAAGAAUGGAAUGCCCGAUCCCCGCGGCAACGCAGCUCCGCCCCCUCUCCAGAGAUUCCUGAUCCCUCACACUCGGACACGCCUGCUAAACCCCCCUCCCCGGCCGGAGCGGCCCUCGCAAUAUCCAAACCCCCGUCACCCUGUGCACCAGGUCCCAGUAACCAGGCUUGCGUAGGACCAGACAGACCCACCUCAUCGUCUCUGGUGUCUUUGUAUCCAGCACUGGGUUACCGGGCCAUUAUGCAAGAGAUGUCCCCUACUGCUUUUGGUCUAACAGACUGGGAAGACGAUGAGAUAUUGGCCUCAGUUUUGGCCGUGUCACAACAGGAAUACCUCGAUAGCAUGAAGAAAAACGCCACACAUAGAGAACCCUCCCCGGACAGUAGUUGAUAAAGGAGGGUUUGAAGGCACAAUCUGCACCCACCGAGACGGAGGCAGAUACAUGGGGAUCACACCAAUCACAUCCUCUCCAUCAUCAUGCAAUCCACCUUUCCUUCUCCCUUCACCCACCCACCCACCCAACCAUCCAUCCAUCCAUGCAUCACUGGCCCGAGCCAUCCAGUCGUAACGGCCCAUUGUUGUGAUACUCGCCUAACCACUCCUUUAUUUCUUACGACAUUCACACCAUCAUUGGACUUCUUUAGGUGCAUGUGAAAAUAAACAACUGAUAUCAUUAUAGAAUACACAGGAAAAAGAAAAGUUAUUGGGAAAAAAAAAAAGUCAUACUUUAUCCUCAUAAUAAUUGAUUAAUAUAAUCUUGUUUUAUUUUAUUUUAUUGUUUGGGAUGAAAAUGCUCUUUUUCUUGGAAUAAAAAAAAGAGAACUUUCUGAAGAAAUUUAAAUCUUUGUUGCCAUCUUUGUGCCAUGUGUAUCACAAACAAUACCUAAUAAUAAAGAUUACAUACAGUAUACACUACCAGUCAAAGGUUUGAACACACUUGACUGAACCUUUUAAACUAAAGGCUUAUGCAAAUAUCAGUUGUGCCAGAAUAUUGGUUGAGAGAAUGCCCUGAGUGUGCAGACAGAGCUGGAAUCUAGGCAAAGGGUGAUUACAAGAAAGGAGCGGGGUCAGGGUCCUUAUAAAAUACAAGAACAUUUUUGAGUUUCUAAACUUCCAUUUGUAUUAUAUCAUAGUUUUAAUGAUUUUCUAUUAUGCAAAAUUAUAAUAAAGUAUGAGACUGUGUCCAAACUUUUGACUGGAAAGGUCUUGCAACUAGCAUGCGAUGCCGAAAUCUGCACCCAGUUUAGGAUCUUAAACGAUCUAUUAGACAUUAAAUUCUGGUAAAACAAGUCUUGAUAGCUGCAUGCAUAAAAGCAUUAUCUAACACUAUCAUUUAGCUAUUAAAAUGUCUGUCUUGGUAUAAAAUUACUAAGAGAUUAUUGAGACCGAAACCACAUUAGAUUUUUGUCAAUACAUGAUCUGGGACUGCCCCGCGCGAUGCAUACCGGAGAAUUACUCAUUUUGCCCUUAAAACUGGGAUGAAAUAAUCCCUGUAUUAUAUGUGCAAAUGAAAACCUACGCAUACUACUAAAUGACUGUUAUAUAAGGUACACACCUGUAAAUAUUAUUGUGCAUGGGUGAAUUAAUUUAAGCUUGCAGAAAAAACCCCACAAGUACGUCUGUCAUCGCGCGCGCGCGCGCUCUUUCUCAGGGACGUUGCAAAGGUGGCAGAGCUUCUCGGGAGUUUUAACCACCCCUCAUUAAUAUUCAUAUAUUUAAAAAGAUUCAGCUCU